CUACAUGAAGAUCAUCAGUGAACUCAAGACUUUGGCUCAAGGGUCUUCAUGGUCACCUUGCUGGACAGAAAAUCAGAGGCAAUGCUUCUAGUUGGACCACACUCAGGCAUCAGCAUAGUUACUAACAUCAAAUCUUAUUCUCUUGCCCAGCUAACAGAUUUUGAGAACAUUAGAGGUCAUGCGGGUAGCAAAGGAAGGAGAAAACAUGAACAGGGUGGACAUCAAGCUGAAGGGCCAACGGUCUGAGACCAUCAGCUUAGGACUCCUUUCAGAAGAUGCCAACAACUUUGCUGGAAUGGUCGCUGGAUACUAUCAUAUCUUUGUGGAUCCUGACAGACGUCUGGUGGAGAGGACCAUGGGCAAAAAUACCAGUGAUCCUGAGGUACCCAGCUAUGAUAGUGUACACAAGGUGCAGGCAGAGCCCUGGUCCUACCCAGAGGAUCUUGUGUCAGAACUUGUUGGUACCUCAGGCACUAAGGUGUCAGAAAAUGAGCGCUUGGUUGAUUUAGCACAUGAGCCUCCAGAAUAUGUUGCAAAUGAAGAGUACCUCAGCAGGAUCAAGGAAGACCUUGGAAUUGCCACAAGUGAGACAACAACAAAUGGGGAUGACAAUGUUUCAAUCUUGAAUAAAAUGGAGACAUAUGCCAUGUCUGCAAUUAACAAUAGACUAAAGAGAAAUGGUAUGGAUGCACCUUUUGAAGAGGGUGUUACAUCAUUUGGCACAGCAUCCAGCAGUUCCCUCAAGGCUGUUCCUACUCCACACAGUUCUAUAUCUAGUCAUCCAGCAUUCAGUCCAAACAUAGAACUGUGGAAAGUGGAUUCUGCCGCAGCUAAUGGACAUUCUGUGCCUACUGGUUUCACUGGCAGCAUGCAAGACCCUCGCAUGGAUUCUGAACGUUCCUCUGAUACAGACAGCAUUUCACUGAUGGAUGCAGAACAUAAACCUCUCUUGUCUCAGGUUGAACAUGUGAAUGGCAACUUACGAAACAGUAUAGAUGCUGAAAGUGAUGAUACUGACAGUUUCGGGACUCCUAGUGGAAGCCCAGCUAAAGGCCGGCACUUACAACGAGCCUCAUCUGUUGAGUCAGGUAUGCACAGUUUUGGUCUACACAGUCCAGACACACUGCCUGCAGCAGAUGUAGAUUUUCAGCAAAUGGGUGAUGGAGAUUCACAGACGUUGCCUACAGAACUGUAUGAUGCUGCAUACAAUACAGCAAAUAUACUUCCUUCUCAAAAGUUUUAUUUUGAUCCAGAUAUUAUAGAUCUUACCGUCCUCCCACUUCUUGAUGUCCCUGAUGAUGACUUUAUGAUUGACUUCACGGCAUUGCCCAAUCUUCUUCCUCCAACCUUCUCUGCUUCACCUUCUCCACCUGUGCUGACACCUGAAAACUCUACCUCAUCAUUGCCAGCAGGCUUUAAAGACAGCACAUUGCAGCAAAUGCACCACAUUGAAUCGUCGGCAGGUUCCGACAUCUUUGGCAGCGACAUUGACACCCUUAUUGCCCACUUCUAUGUACCCCCUCCGCCAUCCUCUUCCAGCGCCAUGCCUUCUAAGACGGCCUCCUACAGUGGCUCAGGGAAGCCAGGCGAUCACCAUCAGCAGGCAGUUGAGUUGGAUGAGGACUUGUCUUCACUCAUCAUUCCGCCUCCACCAACGACCUCGCAAGCCGACGACGUUGACAGUUCCCUACCUGCUGCCGACAAUCGCAGAAAGUUCCGGCACAAACGGUCCUCGUCUGUAGACAUUGGGGCGCUAAGCUUAGCCAAAAAACAACUGGAGAUGUCUGACAAGAGAAGAUCUUUAGACAGUCAGGAGAUGCAGCACCAGACGACAGAGAGCAGCACCAGACCUAGCCAACCCCCGCGUGACCUUGGUGACCUGGGCAAGUUCCAAUCGUCUUUGCAUGAAGACGUGGAGGUAGAGUCACCAGCCACGGUGUCCUUGAAGCUUCAUAAUCUCCUGAAGUCCUUGCCCAGCUUCGUCACAGAGGACCAGCAGGAAAAACAGGGGCAAGAACAGCAGCAGCAGUUAUUCCGCACCGGUUCGCUUCGCAUUCCUCGCAGCGCCUCGCUAGACGUCAUCGCAAGCGGAAGAACCGCGUCGCAGUCAGCUGAUGGUGGCACUGCUCGUGUCUUUUCCGGAAGUUCUGUACUGAGAACGUUUUUUUCGGGCACCAGCAGUCUGGGCAGGAACUCCGGCCGGCGAGCAGCACCACACGGGCAGAGAGGUCCAGAGCCACCUGCCUCCACUGACCAGCUUGUCCCCGCUGGCGCAGCGAAGAAAGACAGUGUGGACAAGCAACAGAACCACUCCGACAGCUUGGCAGCACUGAAGGCCAAGCUGAAGGAUUACAGAGACAGUCUUCUGCGGCGCUCCAGGAAGAAGUCUGUGUCACUGGAGGAGACAGAAGGCAGGUCAGAAAAGGAGAAGUCGGGCAGCUUGAAGAGGUCCAACUCCUUGACCAGAAUCAUGUCUCACAUCACGAGGCAUCACAGAUCCAGGUCAAGCGAUUCUUCGGUUUAUGGAGACGGCAACUGGACUCUGCGACAUCAACCGCCGGGCGCCAGUCCUUCCUCGUCCGCGACUGAUGUCAACAUCACCAGUGUAGCCCCUGCUGGGGAGCCAGAUGAUUCAGGGGGAGAGAAACGAGCGCCUGUUGUGAGAGAAAUGUUUGCAGUGCCGAGGACAAUUACCCUGCGGCCGAAAACAAACGGGGGUGAUGCUCAGACAGAUGUAGAGGCGUACCUAAAGGACGUUAUGCGACAGGGUAGGUCGCGGAAGAGCGGACCGUUAAAAGCGCUGUCGUCUGUAAUCAGCGAGCAGAAGAGUUCUGACGUCAAGCUGGUCAGCGAGCAGAAGAGUUCCGACGUCCCGCUGGGCAACGCGCCAGACCACGCACCCUCCCCUCUCACCAACUCGCAUCUACACGCUUCCAAGGACGAUCUCUCCAUGACGGCCAGGGGCAAGAAAAAGUCCAAGGCUAAGGCCAACCCUUACGCCACCAUCAAACUGUGGCGGCCUUUGGCCGACAACUCUGGCGUCGCCAGAGAUGAGGAGGUGUUCCAAGACUUCACGAACUUUGACCUGCUAAUGGAAGAGCACGCGCUGCCGGUCACUGGUCAUCUGCGACAGGAGGAAGGAAACUGGACGCCAGGGGCUGGGUCGUCUAGCAGAGCCGUGGGGUCAUUUUCUGUCGGUUCCCGGGAUAAAGUAGCAGCGACAGGAGCAGCAGGAAUUGGGGUUGGCGAGCUGGGGCGGUGGGAGUCACCAGCCAGGGACUUUUCUCUCGGUGAAGAUUCCCCAGAGACAGAACGCCGCGCUCCCGCUGGUCGGCCGCGCGGACGGUCACCCACGCGCCGCCCCCGUCAAAUGGCACCUUCAUCGCCGCCGCAGACAGUGGUGAACGGCGAGGAACUGGUAGCUGAUUACCCACGUGACCCGUCCCCAGCCAUGCGUCAUGGGACGUCGCUUUCCUCGUACACGCAUGACCCCGAUGAGUUAGGGCGCUAGCCAGGCCGUGCUGGACGGCAGUUUAAACAUGGUCAGUCCGGCGGUCAGCAGAUCCGUCAUGGCCAUCUUGUCCAAGACGUAUGGUACGCAAGACUUUGACGGGGCGCGAGAGGACGUGGAGCGGCUGCUGACACAGCUGAAGAUGACGGUGGAGGGGCUCCAGGGCCAGACCACGUGCAGCGAUAAGCAGUGGCAGGCCGUGCUGCAGGACCUACAGCUGCAGACCAAGGAGUUUGUUAGCGACGCCAAGCGCCUGGUGGCGUCCACCUCAGGUCCACGAGAACUGGCGGCUGAGCCGCUACACGCAGCCAUGCAUUCCUUGGCCCGCCUUCUGCUACACAGCCAGGCCGUCAUGACAGCCAUGAGGUCCGUGCACCACGCCCAGCACGUGGGCUUCCAGGUCAUCAAGGUCACCACGGCCUUCAAGAGCACGUUAGCUGCCGGCGAUGCGGCCGUGGCCAAACCUCGUAACGACCCUCACGUCAUAUACCUGAUGCGACAAGCGCAGUACCUGGCGGGUCUCCUCAGCACCCUGCUCACAACCUUGACCACCCUGCAACAGGGGCUGUGACUGCGUGCUUUGGGACAGUGACGUGUACUGAUGUUGUCCAGUGUCCUAACGCCUUGUAUUUUUCCAAAAAACGAAAUCUGUACAGCACUCAGUAUGUCAUAAUGUUGUUCAUCCUGUGCAUUUAUAACCCCGUCCCAUCCCACCCAACCCUGCCACACAGAUUGUAAGUCUAGUUUGUAUGAGCUUUCUUAUCGCCAGUUAUACCCCCACGUCAUAGCCCCACGUCACCUGAAGGUGGAUGUCUGGCUUGUAUGAGCUUUCACUUGUCUCUGUCGCACAUAGCAGUGCCCGUACAUUUCUUGAGGUAAGGGGCGAGCGGGCCUAUGAGCGGUUUUAUGUAAACUUUCAGCCCAGCCCGUGUGUGACAUGAUCAUUCCGCAGCGUUCUGUGAUAUGCCUGACAUUUCCUACGCUUAGCCCUGUUGUAACUGUGUUAAUCGGCGAGCAUCAACUGACCACGUGACUUGUUUAUGGGCACAUCACCUCCUGUUACUUCCGACUUGGGACCCAACGACACACGUCCUCUCUCUGUAGCCUUUCCAAGUAACAUAUGAGCUUCGCUUUUUACAGUUGGCAAUGACGACAAUAUUCUGUAGGUGUGUUUGUGUUCAUUAACGGGUGUAUCGUGAAUGUGGGGAGUGUGUCGGGACCGUGUGCGUGUCGCUUUGAGUGCGUGGUAGCGCUGGCUACAUGUGGAGGUCUGGCCACGGGUUAUUAGCUUUUUGUAGCUGAAUAUGUUUCUUGUGGGCGCAGUUAUUUUGUAAGGCGGCUUAAGUGUAUUGAAGUAUUGUUUUCGGCAAUAUCUAAUCAUUAUUUUUUGUCAAUGCACUACCCAGGGGACUUAAUAAACGACAAAGAAAGAACA